GGCGCGCGCCCGAGCGGCUGCGGCAGUUGCGCGCUAGGAUCGCUGCCGUGCGGCUGGGCCGAAUUCAGUACACAUAUAAAAUGACAACCUCCUGGAGUGAUCGGUUACAGAAUGCAGCUGAUAUGCCUGCUAACAUGGAUAAGCAUGCUCUAAAAAAGUAUCGACGAGAAGCCUAUCAUCGGGUGUUUGUGAACCGAAGUUUAGCCAUGGAAAAAAUAAAAUGUUUUGGUUUUGAUAUGGAUUAUACCCUUGCUGUAUACAAGUCCCCGGAGUAUGAAUCCCUUGGCUUUGAGCUUACUGUGGAGAGACUAGUUUCUAUUGGCUAUCCCCAGGAGCUGCUCAGCUUUGCUUAUGAUUCUACAUUCCCAACCAGAGGACUUGUCUUUGACACACUAUAUGGAAAUCUUUUGAAAGUUGAUGCCUAUGGAAACCUCUUGGUUUGUGCACAUGGAUUUAACUUCAUAAGAGGGCCAGAAACUAGAGAGCAGUAUCCAAAUAAAUUUAUCCAACGAGAUGACACUGAACGAUUUUAUAUUCUGAACACAUUAUUCAAUCUACCAGAAACCUACCUGUUGGCCUGCCUAGUAGAUUUUUUUACUAAUUGUCCCAGAUAUACGAGCUGUGAGACAGGAUUUAAGGAUGGGGACCUCUUCAUGUCUUACCGGAGCAUGUUCCAGGAUGUGAGAGAUGCUGUUGACUGGGUUCAUUACAAGGGCUCCCUAAAGGAAAAGACAGUUGAAAAUCUUGAGAAGUAUGUAGUCAAAGAUGGAAAGCUGCCUUUGCUUCUGAGCCGGAUGAAUGAAGUAGGGAAAGUAUUUCUUGCCACCAACAGUGACUAUAAGUAUACAGAUAAAAUUAUGACUUACCUGUUUGAUUUCCCACAUGGACCCAAGCCUGGGAGCUCCCAUCGACCAUGGCAGUCCUACUUUGACCUGAUCUUGGUGGAUGCACGGAAACCACUCUUUUUUGGAGAAGGCACAGUACUACGUCAAGUGGAUACUAAAACUGGCAAGCUGAAAAUUGGUACCUAUACAGGCCCCCUACAGCAUGGCAUUGUCUAUUCAGGAGGCUCAUCUGAUACAAUCUGUGAUCUGUUGGGAGCCAAAGGCAAAGACAUUUUGUAUAUUGGAGAUCAUAUUUUUGGAGACAUUUUAAAAUCAAAGAAACGGCAAGGGUGGCGAACUUUCUUGGUGAUUCCUGAACUUGCACAGGAACUACAUGUUUGGACUGACAAAAGUUCACUUUUUGAAGAACUUCAGAGCUUGGAUAUUUUCUUGGCUGAACUCUACAAGCACCUUGACAGCAGUAGCAAUGAACGCCCAGAUAUUAGUUCCAUCCAGAGACGAAUUAAGAAAGUAACUCAUGACAUGGAUAUGUGCUAUGGGAUGAUGGGAAGCCUGUUUCGUAGUGGCUCCCGGCAGACACUCUUUGCCAGUCAAGUGAUGCGUUAUGCUGAUCUCUAUGCUGCAUCGUUCAUCAACUUGCUGUAUUACCCAUUCAGCUACCUCUUCAGAGCUGCCCAUGUCUUGAUGCCUCAUGAGUCAACAGUGGAGCACACGCAUGUGGAUAUCAAUGAGAUGGAGUCCCCCCUUGCCACUCGAAACCGUACAUCAGUGGAUUUCAAAGAUACCGACUAUAAGCGGCACCAGUUGACAAGGUCAAUUAGUGAGAUUAAGCCCCCCAACCUCUUCCCACUGGCUCCCCAGGAAAUUACACACUGCCAUGAUGAAGAUGAUGAUGAAGAAGAGGAGGAGGAAGAAUAAGGAGGAAAACAAAACCCUGAACACCCCUUGAACAAAUUCUGGCAGGACUCAUAGGAACAAAGGAUAUCUUUGGGUUCUGCUGGGGAGGGUGGGGGAGUCCAUGAAAGGUAUGUCUGGAAAGUUUCUGAAGACUUAAAAAUAUUCUAAUCAUAGAGCAAUAUUUGUUUUAGUUCUGUGUAUCUGUAUUCUUGGCAGAUGGUUUGAAAUUGUAACAUAGUCUGUAUUGGAAGGAAGGGUAAAGUCAGGCUGAACUGCAUGCAGUUGGCUCCAUAGUGGCUUGUGACACUGUUUUCUUGUCUUUUUUCAUCUUCAGUAUGUCAUAGUGUAUCUGUAUAUACACUAAGGGUGGUGAGAGUUUCACAGUGGAACAAAAAGGAUGGUGGGAAGAGGUGAUCCAAAAAUAUUGUGUGUUACAAAUUGUGCUACUCCCAAAUCCAGCCUUUUCAGUGCAUUAUACAGUAUUGUGUAUCAGUGGAGAAAUAUAUUGUUUUCAUUAUCAAGUGUA